GGCCAGGGCUGCGUAGGGGACGGGGCGCUCCGGCUGCCGCCUUUCCGUGGCAGAAGUGUUCCUUGGGCGCUGGAGCGCUUCCGGGGCAGCGCCAUUACCGUCACCCUCACCGUCGGCGUCGUGAUUACCAUCAUCAUGACAACGCUCCGCGCCUUCACCUGCGACGACCUCUUCCGAUUCAACAACAUCAAUCUGGACCCGCUGACCGAAACCUACGGGAUCCCCUUCUACUUGCAGUACCUCGCCCACUGGCCCGAGUAUUUCAUCGUCGCCGAGGCGCCCGGCGGGGAGCUGAUGGGUUACAGGUAUUAUGCAGCGCUCGUGGCCGUAGCUUCCAGUUUGAUGUUCCUAGCGCAGCGGGGAGCCUUGGCUGUGGUAACAUCCACCGUCAUGGGCAAAGCUGAAGGCUCUGUGGCUAGGGAAGAAUGGCACGGACACGUUACUGCUCUCUCUGUUGCACCAGAAUUUCGACGGCUGGGUUUGGCUGCUAAAUUGAUGGAGCUCCUGGAAGAAAUUUCAGAAAAAAAGGGUGGAUUUUUUGUCGAUCUCUUUGUGAGAGUAUCAAAUCAGGUUGCUGUAAAUAUGUAUAAGCAACUAGGCUACAGUGUGUACCGGACAGUCUUAGAGUACUACUCAGCUAGCAGUGGGGAGCCAGAUGAAGAUGCUUACGGUAAGUUCUCCUUCUGUCUCAAAUUGAAUGGAGCGAUUCUCAUGUUGAGGGUUCCUGAGCUUGUUUGUAAGACAAUUAUUCUUUUUUUGGUAUGUGAAAUAAUUUCAGAUAGUUGCUGAUUAGUGGGGUUUUUGUAUCCUCCUUUAGAUAACUUUUCCUACUUAAGAUUAUAUCAGUUACGAAACUUAAUCUUGCCAUUUACACAUUUUGUAGCAUCUCCAGCAAAAUAAACUGCAAAACAAUAAACAAGAAAGAAUCUCAGUGCUUUCUUCCUUUCAUCCUGUAACAGGGACUUGAAACUUUGUUUUUCUCAGAUGUCUACCUAUAAAUUAACAUUCAAUUGACUGUUAUAAAUUCACAGUCACAAUGCCAAGCCCAUCAGAGCUCAAGGAAUAGCUGCACCGUGUUCUAAUCAUACAGUAUAAUUUUAGGUACUACUGUGUGGAGCAGGGAGUUGCAUCCUUAUGGGUCCCUUCCAACUUGAGGUAGUCUUAUGAUUCUAGGAAAUUUCAUUGAUUAAAAGUUGCCUUAUUUUAAUGGAGUAUUCACUUAAUAUGGCUUUGUAUAAUGACUGUUACUAUUAUAACAUUUUUUCUUUUGCUAUAGAUAUGAGAAAAGCUCUUUCCAGAGAUACAGAGAAGAAAUCGGUUAUACCUCUGCCUCAUCCUGUGAGGCCAGAAGACAUAGAGUAACUUAAGCUGUGGUUCUCAUGCAAUUUACUGAGUGUCAGGUUCCAUCUCCUAUAACCCCCAGCAACUUACGGAUAAGUUUUAGGCCAAAUGUUUUUCCUUCAACUCCUUUUUCCUAAUACUAAAAAGCAACAUUGAGAAGCUGACUAACACUGCUUCUCUUGGUAAUGGCUGUAUACUGCCACACUCUAUUAUUUUUUCUUUCACAUAUUGGAGAUUUGGAGACUAUUAAAAUGGUAUUACCCCCUGUA